GCCUGGAGUUUGAGCGGAAAUGGAAAAUAGGGGGGGCGCCAUCCCGCCGGGCGUCGAUGUAGAUGCUCGACGCGGGACUCUGAAUGUGUUUGAUCACACUCAAGAAGGGGAGGGGGGGCAAGAGAGAGACUUCGAUUCAAUAUUGUCAGGAAACUUUGUGAUACUCCAUCCUCAUCACCAGCAUCACUAUCAUCAGCAUCUUCGUCUCUCUGCUCCCAUCCCUACGUACCAUUCUCCCAUCCCAUUCUCUGCUCACUGCCUCUGCUUCCGUACCUCAUCUUCGCCUAGCUUUCCUCGGAAUACCCCUAUUCACCUUCGCCUCUGCAAUACCGUUAGCCCCCCAUGGGGUGCGUCUCCUCCCGCCCUGCAUCUCACGCUUCCCCACUCGCACGGCUCUCCUCUCUCAUCUCCUCGCUAGCAUGGCACCUCUCUUCCCUCCUCAACAACUUCUACAACCUCCACGUCGCUCCCCUCCUGAACCUCGAUUCUCCUUCGGCCUUUUAUAGUCGCCCAUCGGCUGGAGCUGGAGAGAGCAAAGGGAUCCUCCCCGUGCGCUACAGACCGGACAAGAGGUUCAGGCAGCAAAUGGAUGUAGAGAGGAGGAGGAGGCGCGCUACAGAGGCUGCCGAGAAGGCUGGAGAGGGACUGCUGAAUCACGUGGAUGACGAUGAUGGAGAGACGGAGGCUUGCCACGGACUGGACGGGGAACUUGCACUUACCCCUCUAGAGAGCGACAGUGGGCACAAGGCAGCAAAGCGUCGGUCCGCCCCACCUCGGUAUGCUCCUCGGUCUGAGCCCAAUGUCCUCACGAGCGGGGAACCAUCCCUGCUCAUCGAACGGCAACAGCAGCAACAACAACGUCGGACAGGACCGAUCUCGGGACAUGACCACGCCCCGCCUCUGGCAAAGGUCCAGAAUCGGGCCGUAACCAUGUCCGACACAGCACCUGUGCUCACCCGCCCCUCGCCUGCCUUUCUCCUCGAAGAGGACAACAAGCCACGAAGAAGCAACAAGACAGAGUCGGCUACACCGAGUGCAUCCCCUCGCGGUAGCAUGGAUGUCCGCCGGCAAGCUCUAGCCUUUUCCAACUCUCAAUCGGCAUACAAUAUGCACGGCACACGUCCACCUUCGCUCGACUUUGGCCCUACCGGCCUGCCUCUCUCACGUACCGCAACGGCCCUCAGUGGCACUGGCUUGGUCGGCGAGGGAACCCCACGCACGUCCAUUUCGGAUAUGGCCUCGGCUGCUUGCUCGAGGAAGAAUGCUGCCAAGGAGAGGAAGCUGUGGAGAGAGGAGAUUGAUAAAGUUGCCAAGAGAAAGGUGGUUGGUUGGACAGGAGGAGGGGGAGGAGGAGGUGGUGGUGGGGCUGGGGCUGGGGCAGGCCAAUUGCCGGCGAAGAGGUCGAGUCUGGGGCCAGGCGCAGGAGCCGCUUGAGCGUAGAACCGGAGAGAGAGUGAGAGAUAUCUCAUCACUUAUACCCAAUAGAGACCCAGUCGAGCAUAUGCAUGGCGUCGCAGCCAUGUCACAUACCCUGGACUAGGCAGAUGGCAGACAAGGGCCCAUCUGCUGCCUCGGCCCAUAUUCGCUUUCGCUGUGCAUACAUUUCCCACUGGUCGUAUCAUCUUUACACGUGCUCUUUACAUACAAUCUAUAGACAUUCUGUGUUCAUGCUAGCAUUGCGUCUGAU